AAGUAUUUGUCUGCCUCUAUGUAAACUUGCAUCAUUACCGACACGUGUGUAGCUGUUAAAUAAGCUUUUAUAAGUGAACAAGUACCCACAUAUUACCGAAUUUCACCUGUAUAUGUAGUCGGAUAAAGAUACCUGAAGAUGUCAUUGGUUUCAAGUGAUAGUUUGUAAGAAGUCGCGUAUUUAACGGAGACGUCCGGUGUUAGAGCAAAUAGCGGAUAGACUUCUGGACCAAGGCUCUGUUAAGUAACAAUGGCUGACCCCUUCAGUAGCAGCUCGGAAAAUGUAAUUCAACGUGUGAUAAAUGUGUCAGUGACAACACAUUCUCCUCCGGAAAACCUUGAAGACUUGUAUCAAAUUAACCAGACCUGUGAUUUCAUUAGUCAGCGUCACUUUCAAAAGGUUGCUCUGCAGUUUCCUGAUGAUCUGCUGGUGGACUCUGUUGCAAUAGCAGCAGAAAUUGAGAAGAACUGCAAAGUCAAUGUAUACAUUUUGGGAGACACAUCCUAUGGAAGUUGCUGUGUGGAUGAAGUAGCUGCAGAACAUGUUGGAGCUGACUGCAUCAUACACUAUGGCCGCUCUUGCCUCAGUCCCUCCAAAAGGUUACCCUUGAUGUAUGUCUUCGGGAAAAGACCGAUAGAUGUGGAGAAGUGUGUUUCUGCCUUCAAAGAACUCUACCCUGACCCACAGAGUCACAUCAUCAUCCUGUAUGAAGUUAACUACGUCCAUGCCAUCAAUGACCUUCUCAAAUUUCUAUCACCGGAAUAUCCAACCCUUGUCGCCUCAGACCUGGUUGUUGAAGGAGAAAAUUGUUACCGUCACAGCUACAUUAAAAUUCAACAUAAUGACUCCUGUGUUUCGGACCCAGACUCGAAUCAAGUGAUUUGUCAGUUUGGAAGGCAGUUUUCUUUGAAACAUGGCAUGAGCAUAUCAGACUACAGUAUGUUUUAUAUAGGUCAGGAGGGAGCGACCUUGACAAACUUCAUGAUGACCUGGAACCGCUGCUCUUUUAGCUCUUUCGACCCUGCGACAGCAAAAGGGAGGACGGAGUCAGUGAGUAUCAACCGUGCACUAAUGAAGAGGUAUUAUGCUAUAGAAAGAGCCAAAGAUGCUAAUGUGGUCGGCAUCCUGGUUGGCACCUUGGGAGUGGCGAACUACCUCAACAUAAUCCAACAGUUGAAGGAGGUCAUCCACAGAGCCGGCAAGAAGAGCUAUAUGUUUGCCAUGGGGAAACUGAACGUGCCCAAACUCGCCAACUUUCUGGAAAUUGACAUUUUUGUGUUAGUUGCAUGUCCGGAGAACUCGUUGCUGGACUCGAGUGAGUUCUAUAAGCCUGUGGUGACACCAUUUGAGAUGGAGGUAGCCUGUAACCGGAACCGGGAGUGGUCUGAGGAAUACGUCACAGAUUUUCGACAUCUCCUGCCAGGUGGAAAAAGUCAUGUGCCACUGGCUGAGCAGCAGGACUGCGAUGAGACUGAUGUGUCCUUAAUCACAGGAGCUCUGCGAAGUAACUAUUUGUUAAACAGCGAGCCUGAGGAGUCCUCGUGUAGCUCCUCUUUGGUCCCCAGGAACCAGACCCUGACUGUAGCCAACACCAAGUCAGCUGCAUCGUUUUUGUCUGGUCGGAGCUGGCGUGGCUUGGAACAGAACUUGGGAGAGACCCCGGUGGUCAAAGCAGUAGAGGGCAGGAGGGGCAUUGCUAUUGCCUAUGAAGAAGAAGGAACGUCGUGAUUGUUUUCUUUACACCUAUAUCGUCUUAUUAACUACACUUGCUGGGUGAUACAAGUAAUUAUUUGGUGUCUUCACGUAAUGGGCAGCAUAAAUUAUACAUGUCAGAAGGUGUUGUGUUCACUGUGGAAAAGCGAUUUAUUUUAAUAAAAACCUCUUAUCUUAAAUACUGAUGUGAUGCAAAGUGAUAUUUAAUUACAAUGUAUUUCUUUGACAUACUCAACAAGAAGCAUUGCAAAAUAGCAUGUGGCAUAUAUGUGAUU